AUGCGAUCACAAAUCAGCAGCAUCCAGACAACGUUUCAAUCGCCGCACGGUUCUUCACUGUCUGGCCUACCGGCGCUAACCAUCGGUUCCUUCAUGACACCACAGAGGCCACCCCGCAGGAGAGCCCAGUCCAUGGGCAACUCGUCCUACGGUUCGAGUCCGGCUCUGUCAUCACACACUCCCCGUGGAUCCCUUUUUACCGCUAAUGAUGAAGAUGCAUGCUACGUGCGCAUCAAAGUACUGGGAGCAAGCGGGUUGGCGAAAAAGGACAUCUUCGGAUACAGUGAUCCGUACGUGAAAAUCGAGCAAAACACCAUCACCGGAGACGUCAACGUGGACCACAUGGUGACGAAAACGAAACGCAGGACGCUGAACCCGGUCUGGAAUGAGGAAUUUGUGUUUCGCGUUGAACCAAACGAACACAAGCUGGUAUUUCAAGUGUACGAUGAAAAUCGGCUAACGCGUGACGGUUUUAUGGGACUAGUUGAGCUAACACUGAUCAAUUUACCUCACGAAAACGAUAGCCGUACGAUUACGCCGCAGCGAUAUACACUGCGGGCCAAGCGCCAGUUCAGCUUACGCCUGGCGACUAAGGUACGCGGUACUCUGGAGCUGUACCAUGCAAUCAUGCGAAAUGAUGACCCGGCUAUCGGUAGAACGCGUUCGGCAAUGAGUGUUAGUAAUCGUACAUCCGCCACGAGCACACCGGUUGCAGUGCAUCGAAAUGCAGGAUUGUAUCCGCAGCAACAACUACCGCCAAAUCAUCCCAGCAUCCGGCCAUAUCCUCAUUUGCCUCCGUUGCCACAGCCAGACCCAUUGCCACCGGGUUGGGAAGUACGACAGGAUCCCGUAGGUAGAAUGUAUUACGUAAAUCAUAUCGCAAGAACUACUCAAUGGGAGAGGCCAAGUAUUGUGACUGCGCAACCGGGACUGAACGAAAUGGUGGCCGCGUUUCAGCGGCGUUUCCACAUCAGCAACGAUCCGGACAAUGAAGGCAGCGGUAGUAAUAAUACGAGCAUGGCCGACAUUGUCAGUAUUACUUCGGAAAAUGGUGAAAGCGGCGGAACGGCCAACACGUCAUCUAUCGGCAUCUCUUCACCAAUGUCCCUGCAUGCAGGUGAUGAUGCUUCCGUAACCACAACCGAGCGAUUGGGCAAUGCAUUACGUAUUAGUGAUGCAGAAGUUAUGGGCAUUUCGCCUUCCCCGUCAAACACUUCUAUCGCUAGCAGUGCAAACAGUGGAACGAUACGCCCCAUACGUCCAGCACCUCCACCGCCACCGUCUUCGUCAACAUCCUCAGCCUGUGCUAGUCCAGUCGGUACGCCGGUGCCCAGUCAACGACGUCGAUCGUCACCAGGCAGCAACGCAAAUGCACUCCCAGCGAACGAAGAGAGUGGGGAGUCAUCCUCGACUACGGCGAUACCGCCUGAAGUUGAGAGUAAUACUGUAUCUUCCAUGUACUCUGCCAGCACGGUAAAUGGGGAUGCUGAGGCUGAAAACACGUCCAAUGCCCGGGAGGUCAGUGAGACUGCAUCGUCUUCCAGUGUUGGUGAGCAAUCCCGAUCGGACUCAUCGAUUACUUCCACCGGAGUACAACCGUCAACUCCAAGCCAUCCUUCGUCACCAACACCGGCCACAGCAACAAAUACACCAAAUGCUACCGGUCUACCGCCAGGCUGGGCGGUACAAGUUGCUUCGAAUGGGCGCUUAUUUUUCAUCGAUCACAUUAACAAAACCACCUCGUGGGUUGAUCCUCGAACGGGGCUUGCAAGUCCUAUACCGAGCGCUGCCAAUGAUAGUUCCGGCAAUGCUGGCAAUGUCGGCUCGACCGGCGGAGCAAGCGGUAGCCGCGGUGAUGCACGUUCGUCGGACGACAAUCUGGGCUCACUACCGGAAGGUUGGGAGGAGCGUGUACAUAGCGAUGGUCGAACAUUCUUCAUCGAUCAUAACACGCGCACUACGCAGUGGGAUGAUCCGCGGCUUUCGAAUCCAAAGAUUGCUGGUCAGGCUGUACCGUAUUCGCGCGACUACAAACAAAAAUAUGAGUACUUCAAGAGCCAACUGCAAAAACCGAGCAACGUGCCAAACAAGAUCGAUAUCAAGGUGCGAAGGGCUUCAAUUUUGGAAGAUUCCUACCGUGUGAUCAAUUCGGUUACACGGCUCGAUCUACUGAAGACGAAGUUGUGGGUUGAGUUUGAAGGUGAAACUGGGCUGGACUAUGGCGGGCUGGCUAGAGAAUGGUUCUAUCUACUAUCGAAAGAGAUGUUCAAUCCAUACUAUGGGCUGUUCGAGUAUUCAGCGAUGGAUAACUACACACUGCAGAUAAAUCCAAACAGCGGAUUGUGCAAUGAAGAGCAUCUUAAUUACUUCAAGUUCAUUGGACGCGUUGCAGGAAUGGCAAUCUACCAUGGGAAGCUGUUAGACGCGUUCUUCAUUAGACCAUUCUACAAAAUGAUGCUUCAAAAGUCCAUCGAUCUGAAGGACAUGGAAGCAGUGGAUACUGAGUAUUACAAUUCAUUGCUUUACAUCAAAGAGAACGAUCCAAGUUCCCUGAUGCUGACCUUCAGUGUGGACGAGGAAAGCUUCGGUACAACGAACCAGCGAGAGCUCAAACCAAAUGGUGCGGACCUAGAAGUGUGUAACGAUAACAAGGACGAGUAUAUUCGGCUCGUUAUCGAUUGGCGUUUCGAAGCUCGCGUUAAAGAUCAGAUGCAGGCCUUCUUGGAAGGCGUUGGUUCGUUGGUCCCGUUACAUCUGCUAAAAAUUUUCGACGAGAAUGAGCUUGAGCUGCUGAUGUGUGGCAUCCAAAGUAUCGAUGUGAACGAUUGGAAAAAGAACACCAUGUACAAAGGAGAUUACUAUGCAAACCAUGCGGUGGUACAGUGGUUCUGGCGGGCGGUACUAUCAUUCAACAAUGAAAUGCGUGCCCGAUUACUGCAGUUCGUAACUGGUACCUCGCGUGUGCCUAUGAACGGGUUUAAGGAACUGUACGGUUCGAAUGGUCCGCAACUGUUUACUAUCGAGAAGUGGGGAACUGUCAACAAUUUUCCACGUGCGCACACCUGUUUCAACCGUUUAGAUUUGCCUCCAUAUGAAAGCUAUGCCCAAUUGAAGGAAAAAUUAAUCAGUGCAAUCGAGGGCAGCCAAGGAUUUGCCGGUGUAGAUUAA